CCUCAGUCUUGAGUCUUACUCAUCAGCCAUGCAGCACCUUUCUUCUAUUAUACUCGCUGUCUAUUUUUCGAUAUGCCUCAGCAUAGGGGACAUUAGGAUGACACCAAGGAUCACCCAUCAACCAAGAGAUAUUAAAAAUUUUCGGCUGCCCCAGGAAGAGCCAUAUGCAGUAUAUCACCUCUCCCAUCAGGACUCUUUGUAUGUGGGGGGCCAGGAGAUUCUUUAUCACUUUGAUUUCAAAGAAAAUGCAACAAAACGGACGGAGAUUAAAGCUGAAAAUGCAAACUGUCGGAAGGCAUAUUGUAAAAAUUAUGUGACACUUGUGGCACAGUUGGAGGGAAAACUUCUUGUCUGUGGCACCAACUCAUACAAGCCAACCUGCUGGAGCCUAAAUAAUGGCACCCUGCAUAAACGCAAUGACCUGACUGAAGAAUUCUCCCCACAAAUUCCAGGAACCAAUUAUAAUGUUUUGAUUACAGGAAAUGAAACAUAUUCCACAGUCAUCCGGCAGACAAACAAUGGGUUCGCCAAGAAACCCAGAUUUCACAAGAUUUAUGGGAGUCGACCAUUAUUAUACACAGGAGAUUAUUUUAUGAGAAACCCUCAUUUUGUGAAGUCCAUGGUGGUGGAGAAAGAAGACAAAGACCAAGAUAAAAUUUUACUCUUCUUCAGAGAGGACAACGUUCAAACUCGCACUUCAGAGAAAAGCCUGUCCAUGGUGGCUCACAUAUGUAAGGGGGAACAAGGUGCACAGAACACCAAUAGUUACAAUAUGUUUAGUACUGCACUGAAAUCACGACUUGUAUGCGGGUCUAUCCAGAAGGGACAGUAUUUUCCUGUCCUCCAGGAUGUUUUUCUGCUUAAAAGCAGGACAGGAAAUCUGAUAUAUGGCUUGUUUACUAAUGCAUGGAAUCAUAGUGCAGUCUGUUUAUACAGUCUGUUGGACAUUGAGAAUGUCUUCAGCACUUCCACUUUGUUUGAAUCUGAGAACAACAACCUGCGUGUACGCCCAGGGACGUGCCUUCCAUCUGGAGGACACACUCCAGAGGACACCUUUACAGAGGUUUCCAAACACCCUGAGCUGACAGAUUGGGUGGAACCAAAGGGAAGGGAUGUAGUUUUCCAGACCCUAAGUCACUACACAAGAUUUGUGGUGGAUGAAAUAACAGGAGACGGGGAGACCAACAGGGUUAUAUUUCUGGCUACAGAUAAUGGGACUGUACACAAGAUUGUAGAGUUGGGUGAUGGAGCCACGAAUAUACAAGAGAUUCGUCUAUUCUCGAAGUCAGAAAAAAUUCUUUACCUUGAGCUGGAGCCAACAAAACAUGCGCUUUAUGUGGGCACUGCCACACAAGUGGUCAGGCUACUCGUGGAUGACUGUACAGCGUACAACCAAGACUGCGAGAGCUGUAUCCGGGCGAGGGAUCCCUAUUGUGGCUGGGAAAAUGGGAGCUGUAGGUCUGUCCUGAGAAACAAAAGGAGUUUGCAGAAUAUCACACAUGGAGCUCGUGUGAACUGCAUCCAGCAACGAAGCCGAGUAUUGCCUCAGACUCCUUUUUCUGAGGGCUAUAAUGAUACUCGUUACUUUUUGACCUGCCCAGCCGUUUCGAAGCAUGCCACAUAUAGCUGGAGAUAUGGAGACAUUGAAAUAAGUGGCUGUACCCCACAUAAUGGUGUUUGUGCUCUGCUGUUUGACAAGGUCACAGAUUUUGGAGAGUACCAGUGCAUAGAACAGGAACAAGAAACUCAGAGAUUGGUGUCCAGAUUUCUUCUGGUGAUGGAGAAUAGGGGAACCCCCAGGCUUCCUACUGGUCUGUGGGCAUUUGUCACACUUUUAGUUUUGUUUUAUAUGUGACACCACUUUCAACAAAUUCGCACUGGAUUUGGCCUGUUUUCAUGUUGCUGCCCUUGAAACAUUCUAUUGCUAAGAAAGUCACUUCUCACUGGAUAAGGAGUAGCGGCUUGCACGGAGAGUGCUGAACUGAUGGAACAAUUCAUGGACGUGGACAAGCCUGAUGCUCUCAAAGCUUUUAGUUUAACUUCUUUCAACCCGUUGUUACAUAUGCUGUUCUAUCACCUUAAUCUAAAUUGUUGUCCUUUCUUAGCAGUAUUUAUUUUUAUUUAAGCCGUUACAUUGUUAAUUCCAUAUUACAAACAUAGAAUAUUCUUAAUUACUCUUGACUAUAAAUAUGAAAGUUUUGUUCACAGAUUCAUAGGAAUUCCAUGAUUAAAAGUUCAAGAUUCUUUAUUAUUAUUAU